UUCUUUGUACCCCUGACUGCAGCGUUUACCUGGCGGGCGCGAGCGCGAAGCAGGUCCCACGCACACAAACACAGUUCUCGUGGUGGGCUGGCGGUGGCCAGGUGAAGCAGUCAGUGAUAAAGACGCCCUUUACCCGGGCCUUCGCGUCGUUUUGUAUAAACACCUCCAAGCUCUUUUUGUGUGGAAAGUGGGUUUUCUUUCAACACCGAGACCAUGCGAGCGAUGCUUGUUGGCCUGCUUUUGUGGCAAGGACGGUUCGCGGCUUUCUUGCACUAGUCACCUUUUCUCUGCACCAGUCCACAGAUUACAUCCCUUGCUCUUGACGGACACCUAAAGACCAAUGUUAACAACACCAAGUCAACAAACCCUAAUGGUACAUGUCCAUGAAUGUUUCCUAAUUCAAGCGUCAGUUGCCCAGACAUAAUGGCAAACACCACUCGAGAACCUGUUUUUUGGAUUGCAUGGAUUAUGCCAUUUGUAGUUCAUACCUGAAUUCCUCUGUUGGAUUAAGUAAUUGUGCAUUGUGAAACAAGACGGCCUGGGAUCUUCUGCUGGUGAUCAUCAGAAGUUUCUAAUGGAUAUUAUGAACGUAUGUGGACUAAAGUAAAGGUUUUAUCUGCUAGUUGUGAUUGUGGAAAAAUUCACAGUUAGUGCUGACCUAUGCCCUAAAGAACAAGACAUAAACAAUAUUUUGUGAAAAGUUAUUUCACAAGUGUUGUAUGAUGGGAAAACUGUAAAGUCAUGGAAAGGAAGAUGGGAGAUCAUCAGUAUUCACUGCCCUACUGCUAUGUCAUCAUGUUACUCAUCGCUGGUCCCACCAGCAUCUUGCUGCCGGACACUGGUCUGCAUGUGGCAGAGGCAACAAGUCAAACCAAGUGCACACACAAUCUAGAGCACACAACUGCUAACUGCAGUGGAUUAAAUUUGGAACAGGUUCCCUGGGGCUUGCAUUACAACAUUGAGAUAUUAGACCUCAGCAAUAACAGAUUCACAGGUCUGGUACCCUAUGCAUUCAAGACGCAUGGUUACACCAGCUUGAAAGUGCUGUAUCUGCGCAACAAUUCCAUUAUUAAUAUCCACGUGGAGGCGUUUUUAAAGCUGGAUUCACUGCACACCUUAGAUCUUUCCAACAACAUGCUGAAUGCUGUCCCUUCAGAAGCCCUCUAUGUGCUUCCAUACCUGCACAACCUCAACCUUGCAAGCAACAACCUUAUGCUGAUCCCAGACUUUGCCUUUCAGGGGAUACCGACACUCAAACAGCUCGAUCUAAGUGGUAACCGUAUCAGCGACUUUGAAACAAAAGCACUGUCAGGUCUUACCAGUCUGCAGAUCCUAUGGCUACAAAAGAACUCACUACAUAGUCUGCACCCAGACACUUUCAGGAACAUCUCAGACAACCUGCUGCAAGUACAUCUCUAUGACAACCCUUGGAACUGUGACUGCAGGAUACGCUGGUUACGUGAGUGGAUGGAGAACGACACUAAUGCAGUGUGGAACAUACCUGGAAAUCCUGUGAGAUGCAGUGGUCCUUAUAACAACCAAGGGAAGUCUAUUAGGUCUGUUCCUCUUGAUGAACUAGCAUGUAAAGUGGAGAUGCGGACUAGUGGCUCAAGGCAGUCUGUCAAUAAAGGGACAGACGCUGUCUUAGAGUGCAUUUAUUUCUCCAUUCCUUCGGCCAGUCCAACAUGGCUUGUAGGAGACAUGCCUAUUGACUUUAAGCAAAAGUCUGAAAAAUACGCUAUGACUGUGGAAGGUUCACCAACUACAACAACCAGACUAUACAUCAAAAACUUUGAGUAUGAUGACAUAAGGGAAUAUGAAUGUUUUGCUCAAAAUGUGCGUGGUACGGCAUCAACAAUUUACAAAGUCACCCUGACAGGUGUUGACUUUGACAAGGUCACGCAUACACCUAUUGGUGGUCUCACACAAGCAGGUGUGGACACCAAAAGCAUUGUGAUUGCUGUAGCUGUUGUGUGUGGCAUCAUUCUGACUGUUGUCUUGGGAGUUCUCGUCUUCUGCACAAUCAACCAUAUUCAACGCAAGCAGGAAGAGCGACGACAAACAGUGAGGGAGAAUGUAAAGAAGCAUUUUCUAGCCAAUGGUGAGUCUUUCAGUAAAGAAAGCAAACAACCAGACAAAACAGCAAUGGAACAGAUAAAUGAAGACACAAAACCAGAUCUUAACAAAGCUAAUGGGACAGGUUCUAUGCAGUUCAAACAGCCUGGUGACCUUGAAUGCACCAAUGAAGCUGAACCUUUAUAUACUUUUCAGCAGCCUAGCUCCCCUUUUGCUAAUGGGAACACCUAUGUUUCCUUUAGUGAGGUGGCUGUUCCAGAACUAGUGUCUGCAUACCCAAAAUUGCAAAACACUCGACAUGAAGACUCACAUGCAGAAUCUACCACACCACUCCUUGAUCACUAUGCCCCUGUGUUUGAUUCAGAGGAUCCCUUGGAUGACUCAGCCAUCUAUUCUGUGUACGAGUCUGCGACAUAUCACCCCCGGCGCAAUUAUUAUCCAAGCGUCAACAGUUCAGUUCCUCUUACACCUGGCAGUAUACGAUCUGGCUCCAUGGCUCCAAGACAUCCUGAUUAUCAAGACUACCGUGAAAUGCAAUACCCUUUUUACACCAACCCCCCACCACCUCGUACUUUAAGUACAAAAAAGAGCAUGUCAGUGGGGAACCUUGGAUAUCUCCCUCCUCGCAAGCCACCAAGAAGUUUUCACUCUCGAGAAUAUGUGGAAAUGAGUCCACAUGACACCAGUGGCAGUGCAAGUGACUAUAUGACUAUGUCCCACUCACCUUACUAUGGCGUCAAACCUGGAACUCCUGUGUGAAGUGAAAAUUGUAUUGACCGAAAAAAAGAAGUUUUAUAAUAAUUUUAAGUGCUCAGAUUUUAAGUGAUAUUCUUGUGUGGAAAAACAUAGGCAAGAGCCACUGAACAAAGGCGUAACAAAAAGUGAAAAGGAUUUUUAUGUGCCAUGUUUGUCCUCUUGGAUAAGCCAGUUUUUGAAAACAUCUUUUCUAUGGCUGUGGACAAAACCCCAAAGUUUGAAACUCAACAAGCAAGUGUAAAACUUGAUAAAGUGUAAGGACACUCACUUGAUACUGAUCUAUGGUAUAGCUGGAGAGGUAGGUAAUGAUGCCCCUAAGUACAUCCAAGUGCCUCAGACUGCAAGUCUGUUGUGCACCUCAACCACCUUGUAAUGAUACUCAGUGAUUCUCAAGGUGUAUAGAUUUACGAGACCCUCUCAUUUUAGACUGCUGGGUGACGGUGGAAGCAGUGAAAGAAAUGCUGUUGCUACAACAAACUUCUAAAACCUGUUAAUGUAUCUUUAUAAGGUGACUUUGCUCAGAGGUAAUUUCGAAGUAAAAGGAGUAUCUGAUAGGUGUGGAACGAUGUCAGAUUACUCGUAUUGGUGAUGCUUGCUCAAGGACAGUUGCUUUAAAAGCAAUGCUAUUAUAAAUGGAAAAAAAAAAAAAGAUUUACAUGAUCUACAGUGACAUGAAAUUGCAAAAUCUGAAUGUUCAGGGAAAAUUGUGUGCCGACAGUAACAAGUUACAAGAAUGAAAGACAUGAUGUUCUAUUUUUGUAAAAAAAAAAAUUGAGGACAUUAAAUUUGAAGGGUUUUUUUUGUUUGUACAUGCAAAAAACAUGCAUGGCUAUUCACAUGCAUGCACACAAAAAUAUGCAUGACUACUCUCUCUGUCAAAAUUUGAAUUGAUUUGCUGUGGAGAAUAAGAAAGUAUACUCUAGUAACAGUAACCAGAAGAGACUUGGUUCUCCUCUCCUUCCUUUCUAGACAUGCACUUUGGUUUUUUUUUAAAUAUUGUAUACUAUAGUAUCCAGCAGGCAAUAUCAGAGCAAGUCCAUGUCACACACAUGAGAAAGUUGUUACAACAUUGUGGAGACUUAAACCAGCCCAGAAGUAUUUAUCCUAAACUGAACUGCUUAAAGUGAAAUGCUGACCAGGAAAACAAUCUAUAAGAAAGCACCUCGCCAGUUAAUUAUCAUAAACACAAUAAUUUUUAAAAAACCCACAAAGCUGUCCACUAUAUUUUGUAAAAUUUACCUCCAAUAAAAUAGGGACCAUGCAGAUACUGUGGCAGCAGAUUUUAUCCAGAAAUCAUCAUGCACUGUAAUCAAACUUCACAAAUGCAUUUUUUUCUGGAGGCCUACACUUAAUAUAGAAAACCAUGAAUAAGCUGCUUAAACCCAGUUACCUAUAUCCUGUUGGGUUUUUUCCUCCUUUUAAUCUCAUUACCGUGCAAAAUCUCUCUUGGCUUUCUUUACUCAGGAUAACAAGAAGUAAAUUUGUACAGUUAAACAAGGUAAAAAACUUUUUUUUGAAAUUUACAUAGUCAAACUACAAGCUUUAAUUUUUUUUCUUCUGUAUGUGUGUACCCAUCUCCCCCUUUCAUCUUUAAUGUCGUGCAGUUCUCACUCCUUUCAUCUGCAGUAUCAUAGCUCAUUAUAUCACUGUGUAUUCAAAAUUAUUAUAAUUAUUCUCUCCCUCCAUUGAUCAUUAAAGAAUAACAUGGGACCACCAAAAAACAUAAGAUUUAUGGAAAGAUCCACAGCUGGCAUUAAUCUCCAGUAAAACUCAAACUCUUUGGCAAAGGGCUGCCAAGGGAAACAUGCUCAAAAACUUUUUUGUGACAGUAUUAUGACAAGUAUGUAAAAACAGACUGGCAACAGCAAGAUAACCACGCCACAUGGAUCCAAGAAAUACUUAGCAUUAGGCUUUAACAAAUGCAAAAUCAGGACUUUCCUAAGAAUGAGAUAUCAACAAUUUCAUUCAAUAUUGCUUAAAUUUGAUUGUCACUGAACCUUCUAGACUAAAGAAGAUGGAAGAUUUGUUUUAUAACAGGAAACACUCAAAAAUGCAUUGGAAAUUUACUUGUCACAAUGGCCAAAAUGCCACAUCCUAUUAGUUAAAAUUUUUCAUUCACUAUCCUAUUUCUUUGUAUAAACAGUACAUGACCAGAAAAGGAGAUUUCACUGAUAUAUUAGUUUUCCCAAGCUGGGCAGCUUAAGAGACAUAGGAAGUCUCAAAAUACAAAAGCAAACACAAAAGUUACAUUCCUACUGGUGUUAAGCUACAGAAAACUCCACUAUGAUCAUGAAAAUUACUUUUGGUAAAGAUCAUGGACAUUCAACACAUUUCUCUUCAACCUAUGAUCAUUGUAUUUUUACUAGGAAAAUUUUUGUGCAUUAACAACUUGGCUGAACUUUAAAAACUUGCUUAUAGUAUAAUUCAAGAAAUGUUUGGUGACCAUUCAGAGAGGUUUUUGUUUCCAAGCUAAAACAAUGAAAGUGGUGCCGCCUCCAUGGAACGCUGGGCUUUGCUUUCUUAUUUUAAAAAAGGAUCCAUUUUGUGGUUAAUAAUGGAUUUUGAAAAGGAAGAAAGGGCUUUAAAUAAUGCAAUGCUUCUGCUGUCAUGUUUAUAAUUGGGUGCAAGUGUCUUAAAUAGUUUACAUUUUGGAAAAGCCUGAUUUUUUUCUAAAAUGUUAACAAUGUACAGCUUCCUAAAAACAUCCCUGAUGUGAAAGGUGGAGAAUUCAAUUGUUAAUUUCCUUUAGGAUUUUUUGAAGUUAAUUUUACAACUUAAGGAGCUAUUCCAUCAGAUAAUUCUAUUAUUAUUAAUAGUAGUCUUUAGUUUGAACCAUAUGCAGCACUUCCACUCUUCCCACCCUCCCAAAAUCUGUUUCUAGCCUGCAAGUCAAUUCACUUGAAUGCAGAGCUUAGCAACUGCAUUUGUGUUCUUGAUAAAGACAAUUUACAAUGAGUUAGAAGGUACUUAUUAAAAGAGGUUUUUAUUUAAUUUUCACAACUGCGUUCAACUCAUGCAGAUCUAAGCCUGCUGAUUUUUUAGUAUUUUGUGUAGUACACAUCUAAACUUUAAAAUAGGGUUUAAUUGUAACUUGUCAUCCUGCCAAUCAAGAAUUUGUUAGCUAAAAGUUUAUGGUGUACAGGUAAAAAAAGGUGACUAAUCUUAUUUGUUUUAAAAAAGAUUAUACAUCAAUUUGUCUUCAUCUUGUAUAGAUUUUCCCAGACCUGCAUUCAAAGCAGAAAUGCUUUUCCUGUGUGUAAAAUGUUUGCGGCACCACAAGGCAGAUUCUAAUGUUACAGUGCACUCAUAUUAAGAUUUCCUCACUUUUUGUGUUAUGUUUUCAAUCUUCAAAAUAAUGAGAUUGUUUUACUCUGCAUUUUUUCUGCUUUGUGGUUUGUGUUUUGAUUUUAAACAUGGAAAUAUAAACAAGAGGAGGCA